CUCAGUAUCUGUUCUGUAGAUAUGAAUUAUUAAUCUCCACAUUUGUGUGAGUGAAGCAGGCAUCUGCUCCAUCAAGGGUUUGGUUUUGGGCUGAGGCUCUUGAGAAGCUGAGCUCCUUCUCAGAGUGAAGGUGGAUGAGAACAGAUGGACUUGAUCUCAUCGAUCUGAAGCAGCUCAAGGUCAUCCAGCUGUGGAACAUGACCCCGGACCAACAAACUGCCCUCUGUCUCAUUGUUGCUUUCAGUCUGAACAUUUGUCGUUUGAGAAAGCGAACUUGAAGACAGUUGUGGAGCCUCUGCCUCCUGAGGCCUGAGACAUUUGGUCUCAGGUGAAAGUGUUUCAUGGCAGUCAGUCAAAUCCAAGGUCCUGAUCCCCGAGCAUCACAAUCCUCAAGACGUCCAGAAAGCGUGGCUGUGUUGGUGUCGCACUCUGCGCUCUGAUCUCUGGUCUGCCUCUCCUCGCAGCAGGUCCUCCCACCCACUCUGAGCCACAGCAUAUCUCCAGGAGACCUCAGAGGACCUUCAGAGGAACGUCAGCACCAUGGCAGACCCCAGCCUCACGUCUCCGUCGGACACUCCCCUGCGCUCCCCGAACGCCCCGCUCACAGUGUCCUUCCCCUUCCUGCGGGAACGGAGUGGCCUUUGGGACGACAAGAAGGACAAGGCCCUGCCUGGGGAGCUACCCAGUCCCCUGCCGACCAAGCGCACCCGGACCUACUCGGCGACUGUCCGAGCCCACUCAGGCCCUGUGUUUAAAGGUGUGUGUAAGAACUUCUCGCGGUCUCAAGGACACGGCUUCAUACAGCCAUCUCACGGUGGAGAAGACAUCUUUGUUCACAUCUCAGACAUUGAAGGCGAGUACGUCCCAGCGGAAGGUGAUGAGGUCACAUAUAAGGUCUGCCGGGUUCCACCUAAGAACCUGAAGGUCCAGGCUGUGGAGGUCAAGAUCAUCCACCUCAACCCGGGAACCAAACACGAGACCUGGUCCGGACAGAUCAUCAGCUCAUAGACUCUCUGGACUCACUCUCCUCCUGAUACUUUCUUCACACGGCGCCGAUUCUCCUCCAGAUUCAGCAAACUUCCCCUCUUCUGCUCUGGUUCAAGCCUGAGGAAGGUUUAUCGGAGCGUCACACAACUGUAGCUGCCGCUCCGAGAACCCUGCUCCCAACUGGCUCCCCAGCAGCGCCUGCAGUGUGAACCGAUGAGGUGUAUCAAGUAGCAACGCCGGGAGGAGAGCUGCUCCUACUUACUCACUCUUCACACCGGGACUCCGUGGACUGGACUUCUUCCUGCACUAAGAGAUGCACUGACCGUGAUGUCCGACCUCAAGUACUUCAUUCCUGGCGUCAGUCGCCACUAAAUUGUUUGUCGUUUUCCUGUGUUGUCGUGUUUGUCUUUUCCGUUGGAGAUGUACACGUCUCUGUGUCACUGCCUAACACUGUCACGUCUGAGGACACGUCCUCUGUGUGGACCACAGUGGUGUUGAUGAUGAAGAUGAAGAACACCGCUUCUACUGAGCCUUGAAAGAACAUAAAAAAAACAAGAACUGAUUCUCAACUUGCUGUGGAUUGUUGUGGAGCUGCACUAAAGUUCAAGCCGAGACAAAACCGGAAUCAAAGACAUGUCCCACCAGAGGACGGUGCAUCUCAAGCUGCUCACACUUCACAGUUACAAAUAUCAAGGUGCCAUACGAUCGGUGGACUGUGAUACAGAGUCGGCUUCGUGCUAAAGAAGCAUAUGUUACUAACAGCUCAUAAUGAGGUGCGAAUAAGAAAAACACCAUUUCUCACAAACAUUGUCUCCAAUAAAAGUCCAGUACAAGCUAAAGUUCGCCAGUCGCUAGCUGACACUACACAGCUAACUUCAGAAACUCAUGCCGGGGAGUGUCUCAUGAACGCAGCUGACAUCACGGCUGCUAUGCUAAUGCUAACCGUAGUGCCAGGGAAAGGAAAGCAUUUUGGUUCCAACACUAACUUGACUUCAGCGCACAGAUAUGAACUCAGUCAUCCAGCCAUUUCAUGGUUUA